AUGUACAGCUUCAUGGGUGGUGGGCUGUUCUGCGCUGGAGUAGGCAACAUCCUUCUGAUUGUCUCCACGGCAACAGACUACUGGAUGCAGUACCGACAUGCCAGCAAUUACAUGCACCAGGGUCUGUGGAGAUACUGUGUGCCCGGGAAAUGCAUGACACACACAGACAGCAUUGCUUAUUGGGACGCAACACGAGCCUUUAUGAUCCUCUCCCUGCUGGCCUGCUUCAUUGGAAUUGUAAUUGGUAUAAUGGCUUUUAUCCACUAUUCAUCCUUUGACAGCUUUGACAAGACAUUUGCAGCCGGCAUUCUCUUCUUCAUCUCUUGCUUCUUUGUGCUGCUGGCAAUGGCAGUAUACACUGGCGUGACUGUGAAUUACUAUGGAAAACGUUAUGGCAGUUGGCGUUUCUCCUGGUCCUAUAUAAUGGGCUGGGUUGCAGUUGUGCUAACCUUUUUCUCAGGUAUCUUCUACAUGUGUGCAUAUCGAAUGCACGAAUGCCCAAGAAACUCCAACUCACGCUGA